CUUACGAGGGUUUUAGGACAGUGGCCAAUUGGCUGCAUCGAAUCGCAACGUCGAAACUACAACAUCGAUCGGCCCUUUACAGGAAGUGAGCUUACCCUGCGGAGGCUCGUUGGAGAUUAACGCAAAUCUAAGCCAGGCCGGUACCUUAAGCCUUAGUUACUUCUCCCGCCCGCUAAACAAUGAGGGUGCUAAUGGGAUUCCGUCAUCUGAAGGGAAUCUCCCUUUUAUCCAGGACUUUGGGACCGGGAUGACCGGACACCGAUUUCCACAGGAGUCGACGAUGGUCUUCGAGCUCUCACUGCUGGCGGAAAGGCCGACAAGGAUAGUCGGCGGGAUGGACGCGAAGAAGGGUCUUCACCCGUGGCAGGUCUCCAUCCACUGGGGCGACCCGACUCGGGGGUUGGAGCAGCGCCACGUGUGCGGAGGCAGCCUUUUGACGGCGGGAUGGGUGCUCACAGCCGCGCAUUGCAAGACCCUAUCCCCUCGGCAUCCCCCGGGACGGUUUCUUGUCCUCGCCGGAAAGUAUAAGCUAGGAACAACCGAGGAAACGGAGCAGAGCUGCCUCGUCACGAGGAGUUUCAUUUAUCCAGGUUACUCGGGCACAGUGGCGCCGUACGACAUCGCCCUGAUGAAACUGGAAAAACCCUUCGAGCUGAACCCCUUCGUCGCUACGGUGAGCCUUCCUUAUCCGGAGUCCAUUCCGCGGGGUAACGCGAUGCUGACUGGAUGGGGCAGCAUCGGUCGUGGCAGAGACCUAAACAAACCGACGACUUUGCAGGAGGCUGUUCUCCCCAUUCUAAACUACGAGAUUUGCAAACGUGCCCUGGACAAGGCCCUGCGUCACGAGGGUCGAAACCCUUUACAUCCCACAAACAUCUGCACCGGUCCUCUCGACGGUACAAAGUCCGCUUGUAAGGGAGACUCAGGGGGUCCUUUGGUGGUGGUCAACGCUUUUGGCCAAGCGGAGAUUGUGGGCGUCGUAUCUUGGGGACUCUUUCCUUGCGGAGGUCGAAACGCGCCUUCGGUCUACACUCGAGUGUCGGCCUACGUUCCAUGGAUUCACAAAAUUAUGCUAAACUAUUAA